AAUGGGUCAUAACUAAUUGUUCCCUUUCUCUGUCUCUCUUUUUCUCUCAGCACUUGUGAUACAUAAUUUCAACAAAAUGAAAUCUUUUGCCGUCCUCGCCUUCGCCGUCCUUGUGGCAGCUAUUUACGCCCAAGAGCCCACGACUCAGCCUCCAAGUGGUGUUGACUACGGUGGCCUUUGCAACGGUUUGCUCCUCCAAUGCGACCGUAAAUCGAACACUGUCGCCUGCAUGCGUCGUACCCCUUCCAACGAAACAGGGGCCCCAGACAAUUGUGAAACUGGAGCUGGAGUAGACCUUGGAAGAUGCCAGUGCACAAGAAACUGUGGCGAUGGGGUUUAUCAGGAAAAUGGGGAUUAUGUCCCUUCGAAAGGAGUAUGUGGAGGAUUCGUAGGACAGCUAUGCACAGGACUUGUACCUCACUGCACUGAGCAUGCAACAUGUAAUUUGCUGACCAGCAAAUGCGUGUGUGAAGCUGGAUAUGUCGUUACUCCGGAUGGCAAGCACUGUCAACAAUAAGUUGGAAUUUUUCUUCUUUGUUCAAGAUUGGCCAAUUGUAUAAUAAUUCGAAAAUAAACUCGCAUCGUGAUUACGAAGUAUUACAUAAGAA